AUGAUGGAUUGCUUCGGUGCCCAUGCCCCGUGCUUCAGUUUGCUCUCGAUUUGCGCCGCGCACGACUACACGAUUCUCCCACUUCAACCAGGGGCUUGGGGACAAUCAGGCGGGGAAGGUGAAGGAGAAGCCGUGGAAGAAGAAGAAGAAGAAGAAGAAGAAGAGAUUUUUGGGAAUUGGAGAUUAUUUUGAGAUGCAAGCUGCUCCCUGAGAGACAAGUUGCGAAGAACAUUAUCCGGACAUGGCGAUGCUCCUAGCGCCCUCAGCAUGGUGUGGGUUUCUUCUGAAACCCUCCGAUGCUGGGUUUAUGAACAGGCUAGCGUGUGGAAUAUCAGAAACAUCUUCUUCUGUUUCUGCUUCGCGCACUCAAGUUGGUGUUAGACCGCUGUACAUGAGAAGCUCGGAGUUACAGCAACGGCGGCGGCAUGCGUCUGCUCUUUGUGUCGAAGCUCACAUUGCUACGGGUUCUAAGACAAAGGCGAGUGUUGUAGUAACCAGAGAGCAUGGGAAGAAUGUUAAGCUCAUGAAGGCUUUGGCGAAGCGAGGGAUUCGAUGCUUGGAGUUACCUUUGAUAGAACAUAGGGAUGGCCCAGACUUGCUCAAGCUUGUUCAGACCCUCCGUGAGGGGAAAUUUGAGUGGAUCGUUGUAACCUCACCGGAAGCUGCUACAGUUUUUCUGCGAUCGUGGAGGGAAGCAGGACGCCCAAAAGUACGCAUUGCUGUAGUUGGUGCUGGCACGGGUGAGCUCUUUCAGAACGCGGAGGAAGGAGCAAAUCAGUUAGAUGUUGCCUUUACACCCUCCAAAGCAACCGCGAAGGUGAUGUCCAGUGAGCUUCCCAAACUAAGUGAUGACAGUAACGUUUUGUAUCCUGCGUCCCUCAAGGCCGGUGACGAUUUGGAGAAUGGGUUGAAGGAGCGAGGUUUUCACGUAAUGCGAAUGAAUACUUACUCUACUGAAACUGUUAGGAAUCUGGAUGAAGCUGCCAUUUCUGAAGCUGCUUCAGUUCCUGUAGCGACAUUUGCCUCCCCUACAGCUGUCAAGGCGUGGAUGGAACUCGUGGCAGAGCCAAAGAAUUGGAACGGAGCAGCUGCAUGUAUAGGUAGUACAUCAGCGAACGCUGCUCGGAAGGCAGGGUUACAGAAGGUUUAUCAUCCAGAGAGCCCCGGAAUAGAGGGGUGGGUGGAGAGUAUCAUGGAAGCUUUGGAAGCUCCAGAGCCACAGAAGCUGGAGGCAAAUAUACUUCAAUAACUGAGACUGCUGAUAAUCUCCUUGUAAUUUGUUAAUAGGUUACAGGGAAAUUCAGAGUUCCUGCUUGUGCAUGUCCUGGAGUUUUACUUCACCAAUCAAUUUUGCACACUGCGUUGGAACUGACAAUUAGAGACUUGUACAAGUUCAUUAAUCGCUAUAGCAUGAGUUUCAGCCAAUCAGUUGAAUACAUUGAGGGACAAAUAAUUUCUUGUUAAUGGUUGAGUGUUGUAUCAUGAGACUGGAAAGAUUGUGC